AUGGUACGAGACACUCACCGGGCCACCAGCUCUAGAACAAUCUUGACCAGCAAUCUGAUCGCGCAGUGCAUCGACAACAACAUCGACCACAACCCCGUCGCACACAUGGACAUGCGCCAGUCCCUCAGCGUUGUACCCAGUGACAUCAUGUCCUCAAGAAAUAGCUUGCGCAGGUGUUCCGGCGAGGAAUGGCUGUCCUACACGAUGGCCGACAGCUGGAAGGGCAUGUUCAACAUGCCCAAAGACAACAAGGUACUUCCUGACAACGCCAUGCGCGACGACGUCGCGUCCCCCACGAACACAACACCUGGGAGCAUGCUGUUUGAUAGCCUGCCCUCCAUGUCAGAAAGUGGACAAAUCAACUCCCUGCCCUCUAGCAGCACAAAUGUGCACACCACACCCGACGAGAACAGCCCAAGCAGCUUCUCGCCAGGCAAAGACCACAAUACACCCAACAGCACCGACGUCGAGUCUAUGGCUAGCUAUACCCUCAUGGCCGACCCCGUCUUCCCCCACGACGAAUGCCCCCCAGCCACAACCGGAUUCAGCUUCUUCGCCGACGACUUGAUCUCCCCUAUCACUAUCACAUCGAUGGCGAGCGACCUAUUGUAUUUCCGAUCGGAGCCGCUCGUGGACUGGACCAACCUAACAAUGGCCGCUGGAGUCCCGAAUGAGGCUGUCGAGAGUCACUUUUACCAAUAUCCCCUAUCCAUCCACGACGGAGCUUCCAUCGGCGCAACCGAACUCGGGAGCUCUGAACCACCGCAAGCCGCAUACCAAAACCCCUACCAGCAAUCAGUCCAUCGGAUGGGUUUACCUGCACAAAGCGAGCAGCAGACAGUCUCCCAGCAUGUGGCCGGCGACGGCGGCACUAGCCUCGAGUCAUCCGAUCCGCCCGCGACCGGCGGAAAAAUCGGCCGCGAGGAGAAAACACAGGCAGCAGAGCACUUCGUCGGCGAGCACCACUAG